UUUUGCAUGAACUGCUCUGAAUUAAGGACACUGCAGUGUAAGGAUACACUUGACGAUACAGAUGAAGUUCAAAGGAACUGAUCUUUCUGCUUGGGGAUUUUAAGGUCUGCAUUAUGACUGGUACUUUUUCACCAGAAUACAUUCAGCAAGCAAAGACCAUUUGCUGCUCCUGACAAAGAACCCGGUCAACCGAAUCAGUGACAGUCAGACUAUCGUGAUUUCCAAGCUGUGCUACCUUUGGGAGCGAUUCUAACUAGAGUCAUGCCUGUGGUUAAAGUGGAGAGUGAUUCUCCCUCUGAAACCACUCUUCCAGUGAAUGACAGUCAGAGAGCAGAGCCGCAAAGAGGCCGUCGGAGGAAGAGGCCUCUUCAGCGAGGCAAACCACCGUACAGCUACAUCGCUCUGAUCUCCAUGGCCAUCGCCAACUCGCCUGACCGCAAACUCACUCUGGGAGGGAUCUACAAGUUUAUCACAGAGAGGUUUCCUUUCUAUCGAGACAACUCCAAGAAAUGGCAGAACUCCAUCCGCCAUAAUUUGACACUCAAUGACUGCUUUAUCAAGAUCCCCCGAGAGCCCGGUAGGCCCGGAAAAGGCAACUACUGGGCUCUUGACCCUAACGCCGAAGACAUGUUUGAAAGUGGAAGCUUCUUACGACGUCGGAAGCGGUUCAAGCGCAGCGACUUCACUACAUAUUCAUCGUACGUGCACGAAUCUCCCGUUUUCUCACCGGUCCAGAUUGCGCGCUCAGCCUACGCCAACUCCGUCUACUCCAACAUGGCUGUGAGUCCGCCAUACGCACAACAGCUUCCUUCUGCCUACUACCAGUCCUCCUCUCCAAACUUCACAGCGGGUCAGUCAAGGGUCUUCAGAAUCAAUUCUCUCAUCGGGUCACCAAGCAGGAUGAGUCAAAAUCCAGAGAUGAUCCCACAGCAGUCUUGUCGCAGUUUCAGUCCUGAAAGUGGUUCCUGCAGUUUGGGAGGACCGGGCUUCCAGCAUCAGUCCUGCAACGGGGAGACGGUGCUGUCGUGCUAUUCUAGCGCCUCAAACAACAUGGCCUUUGCCUACUCUGGCCCAGGACAUGGACAAACUCAGGUUUCAUAUCCACAAGGCAGCACUCAGCAUUAUGGGCCAGCAGGGAGGAUGGCCAUCUCCAGCUUGUCUCCCAUUGCUGGUGAUGCUGUCGGGGACCCGUACGGCAGAACCUCCCCUGCACAGCUGGGCUCUUUUGUUCAAUACAAUAAUUCUGGUGCGGUAGGAAGCUCAGGAGCCUAUAUCAGGCAUCCUGCUUACUCGGGUAAUAUGGACAGGUUUGUGUCUGCCACCUAACAAAGGUCAUGGAUGACCUUUUUUUUCCAUAGCAAGAACCGCUGGCACAGGAACAUUUGGGGACAAAAUUUGAGCAAACAUGAAAUGCGUUGUGGAAAAAUAACUGAUAUUUAAAUUGUCUUAUUGUGAUUCCAUUAAUAGAGUAAGAUCUCAAUUUACAUGAACAGAUCUUUUCUAUUACAACGUUGCAAAAA